AGGCGCACGCGCGGCGAGCGCUGGGCCUCUCCGGCAGCGUCGGGCGCCUGGAGAUGGGCCUUACGCCCGAGCACCGCAGCGCGCUGCAGAGCACGGACGUGCUGGACAGCGCCUCCCGGAAGCUGGAGGAGGCGAGACAGCAGGCCCUGGACUCGGAGGCUAUCAGCGAGAGCGUGAUGUCCGACCUGUCGGCGCAGAGGGAGACCAUCAUGCGGGCGAGGGAGAGCAUGCGAACGGUGGGCGGGGAGCUCUCCUCCGCGAGCCGCUCCAUCCACCGCAUGAUCGGCAGAGCCACCAGGAACCAGCUCAUCACCUCGGCGGUGACGGUGCUGGUCGGGACGGGCCUCACCGUGUGG